AUGUGGUUCUUGAUUGCUGAGACCAAGGGCCACGUCCAACUCGCCUUUCCCUGUCAUUGUCGCCAUCCUGCUGAGCUGGACGAACUAUUUGAGCGAAAGAUUAAGCCGUUCCGCUUCCACAAGACUACCACCGUCACCCAGCGUAUGGCCCAGAUGAAUGGAGAGGAGCGUGCUUAA